AAGGCCAGCCUGAACUACACAGUGAGUCCCCCACCCCACCCCACAAAAAACAAAAAAGAAGCCCUAAUCUUAAUUCAUGAAUAUUCAAGCACCUGGACCCAAGAUGCUAAGAGAAUCUCAACACUGUAUGUCUCUGUAAAUUGUGCUUUCUUUUCCAAUCUCACUUGGCCCCUCCAUGCUGCCCAGUGAUUCUGUUCAUUUUUCAAACCAGCUUCUUUCCAUUCCCUACAACCCAUUCUUUUCAAACCUGACUUCAGCUCACUAUUCUCAUUACUGAUUUCUCUGCAUAGCCUAGUAGGAAUGUAAGGGAAAAAACCAAUAAUAGACACUGUGUUAGGUGCUGUGACAGAGAAAGUAUCAGGGCUGUGGGAGAACCCAGAAGAGAGGAACACCUCACUUUGGCUUGAGAAGUAAAUAAAGGCCUCUUUAAAACAGCUCCAGGCCUGGGGAUUUAGCUCAGUGGCACCACGCCUGCCUUGCAAGCGCAAGGUCCUGAGCUCAAUCCCCAGUACCACACCCCCCACCCCCAAAGAACAGCUCCAAAGCUAAAUUCUCAAGGAGCAGUUUUCCAGGAGAACAAAGAUGAAAAAGCAGUUCUGUUGGAUGAUGCAUUAUAUGUGGUUAAAUGAUAAAAGGAGGGAUAGGCAGGGUCAUCUGAAAGUCAAAUGUGAAUGUAAUUUGAUCCUGAGGAAAUUGGGAAGACAGUGAUUUGUUUCCAAUGAGAAUAAGAUUAGUUUUAUGUCUUGGACUUCAGGGUGAACAGACCAAAAGGAAGAAGAAGGUUCUUAGGGAAAUCAGUUAAAUUAUGCAGGCUUGAACUAAAGAAGUGGCAGUGGGCUUGGAGAGCCCUGAGUAUCUCAUUAAUGAGAUUAUUAGAAGUCUGAAAAGGCAGAAUUUGGUGACAGAUUGGAUGAAAGGACCAAGGGGCGGGGGAGAUCUAGGACAGUGAUGGUGAACCUUUUAGAGACCCAAGUGCCCAAAAUGCAACUGAAAACCCACUUAUUUACAGCAGAGUGCCAGCACGCUAAUUAAACCUGAAUACCAAGGUUUUAGAUUAAAAAAAACACAAUUCUACAUUAACAUCUUUCGUUUUAAAAGAAAAACACUAUAUUCACCAUCACUGGUCUUGAAUGACAUUUGGGUUUCUAAAAGAAGACAACUAGAGUAGAAUUUCCAGAAGGGGGAAAUCUAAGAGCGAAAAUGAGGGGGUUCAGUUUUGGACGUGGUGAGUUUGAGCUGGCUGGGAAAGACAUGCCCAUGUGAUUUCUGGGAAGCCAGUAGACACUGCAUCAGGAAUUCCAGAGGUGUAUCUGUGGUAGAGAUGAGAUUAGGAGCCUUCAGCAUAAAUGUGGCAACUGAAGCCUUGGGAGUGGAUGAAAUCCUUAAGGAUAUUAAAGCCUGAGAAAAUCAAGAUAGUGAUAGAUCCCUUGGGACAUCACAAUUAAAGUAUAAAUAGAGAAGGUGGGGAUGUGGCAGUGCUACAGUGCUUGUCUAGCAUAUGCAAGGUCUUAGUUCAUUCCCCAGAACAGUUAACAACCGCAACAAUAGCAGCAGCAAUGCUGAUAAUGAUGACAACAGGAUAUGGAGAUAAAAGGAACUCCAAUGGAGGAAUAACCAGAAGGUUCAGAGGAAAAGUAGAAAAUUCAGAGACAUGGGAGGCCAGAACACAUUUCAAGGUAAAAUUUCUAGAGUAAACUCCCAUACCUUGCAUUCGCUGUACUACACUCAUGUGUUUCUCAUGCUGGAUUAUAAAAUCUAGGAACAUAGGUCUCUGUUGACCUGUGUAAUCUAUUCUAAUGUUCAGCCUACUGUCUGGCAUAUAGGCACUCAGUUCACAUGAAUAAGGAGGUAAGAUCAAUGGUGACAUCUCACCAGCUUGCAGAAUAUUCCUCUGGGAAUGAAUAUUUCCCAAACUGCACUCCAUUCUCAAACUUUGUGAUGAUUGAUAGAUGGGAGAGGGAUUGUGAUGUAUACAGAAUUUGAGACCUCGAGAAGUUCCAUAUCCAAGGGGAAGAAGUAAAAACAGCCAGUGGAGACAAAAGAACUGCUUCUCUUAUUUGUCCCUUCAAGCUCUUAGUGGAGGGCUGAGCCCAGCAUCCCAGACUUGUGUGACUAUAUAGGCAAGCAUCUGGAAACUACCUUCACUUUGGUACCCUAGCUUUUUGUGGCCCAAGGCACUGCCUCACAGGACACAGAGGCUUCUAAGCGGCAGAGCACCCUUCUCUUAGCAAGCCUAACACUGUGGGGAAGGGAGACAGCAUGGAGGCAGUACCAAACACAUCAUAUGGCUCUGUCUUGGAGGAGUACAAUUAUAAUGUGGGCAAGGGCAUUGGCACUGGCUCCUAUGGGACCGUGUAUGAGGCUUACCACAUAAAGGAGAGGGUCAUGGUAGCUAUCAAGAUCAUCUCUAAGAAGAAGGCCUCAGACGACUACCUUAACAAGUUCCUGCCUCGUGAGUUACAGGGUCAGGUAAUGAAAGUCUUGCGGCACAAGUACCUCAUCAGCUUCUAUCAGGCCACUGAGACCACAUCUCGAGUGUACAUCAUUUUGGAGCUGGCUCAGGGUGGUGACAUCCUUGAAUGGAUCCAGUGCUAUGGGGCCUGCUCUGAGGCCCUUGCUGGCAAGUGGUUCUCACAGAUAACCCUGGGCAUCGCCUACCUGCACAGCAAGGGCAUCGUGCACCGGAACUUAAAGUUGGAAAACCUGUUGCUGGAUAAGCAGGAGAACGUGAAGAUUUCAGACUUUGGCUUUGCCAAGAUGGUGUCUCCUAACCAGACUGGCCAUAAAAGCUCCUCUUACCACUGUGCGAGCAUUGUUUCCCAUCUCAGCCAGACCUACUGUGGCAGCUUUGCUUAUUCCUGUCCGGAGGUCUUGAGAGGCUUGCCCUACAACCCUUUCCUGUCUGACACCUGGAGCAUGGGCGUCAUCCUCUACACUCUAGUGGUUGCUCGUCUGCCUUUUGAUGACACCAAUCUCAAGAAGCUGCUGAGAGGGACUCGGAAGGAGGUCACUUUCCCACCUAAUCAUACCAUCUCCCACGAAUGCAAGAACCUGAUCCUCCAGAUGCUAUGCCAAGCUGCCAAGCGUGCCACCAUCCUGGACAUCAUCAAGGACCCCUGGGUGGUCAAGUUCCAGCCUGAGCCAACCACCUAUGAGAUCAAGCUGCUUGAGGCCACGUACCAGGCUCCCAACACCACUAAUUCUCAGCAGCCCUUGGAAUGACCUGAAAAUGGUUAAGGCAGGGGGCUGACAGGAGCAAAGCAGGAAGGUCAGGGUUGACAAAUCUUUUAUACUAAAAAUAAAUCCAAUUCUGAUGUACUUUCAUCAGCUAGGGUCAAAGAUGCUCUUUGCCAAAGGGAAUCUUGGUGGGAACACUGCUGCGGGUCAGAGAUGGAUUUCUGCUCAGAGCCUGUGACCAGUAAUCUUGACAUCUGUUCAGCAAAGUUUGUAGUUCACAGUCCAUCUUGUGGGGUAAGGGAAGCUCAAUUAAAACCUCAUUUUGAAUUUUGAAA